AUGCGCGUACGCCCGUCCGUCACAGUAUGUUCCAAUGUCUAUGUGCAAGUACGUCCGUCACACUGCCACAUGACUGUAUGUAUGUACGUCCGUCACACUGUGACAUGACUAUAUGUAUGUACGUCCGUCACACUGCCACA